AUGGACAAUGCGCAUCCUUUAAGUACUCCUAUGGUUGUUCGCUCACUUGAAGUGAGCAAAGAUCCAUUCCGAUCUCAGGAAGAAAACAAAGAGCUACUUGGGCCUGAAGUACCAUAUCUUAGUGCAAUAGGUGCACUUAUGUAUCUUGCUAAUGCUACAAGACCUGACAUAGCAUUUUUCAUUAAUUUACUAGCAAGAUAUAGCUCUUCUCCUACACGGAGGCAUUGGAACGAGAUUAAGCAUAUAUUGCGAUAUCUGAAGGGAACUAGCGAUAUGGGUAUGUUUUAUACUAACAAAGGUAGUACAGAUCUUGUUGGUUAUGCAGAUGCAGGUUAUUUAUCGAUCCACAAAGCUCGAUCUCAAACGGCUAUCAUGUUUACAUACGGAGAAUCUUUGCUAUAUCAUGGCGAUCGACAAAGCGAGUCCAUUGUUGCUACUUCUUCAAAUCAUCUUUGA